AUGAGCAAGAAGCAGCCUUCCGCUUAUGGCGCACUCCCUAAGGCCGGUCUCACUGAGGCCCAAGUGCGCCAGGAACUACAGAGGUACUCAAACAUGGGCAAGGUCGCUUGGCAAGACGGAAGAGUCACCGGCGCCGUCUACCACGGAGGCCCAGAACUCAACAAGUUGUUAAUGGACGCGGCCGGAAUGUUUGCAGUCUCAAAUCCUUUGCAUCCCGAUGUCUUCCCUGGCGUCAGGCAAAUGGAAGCGGAAUGUUUGUCAAUGGUUCUCCGAAUGUACAAUGCGCCAGCAGACGCUGGGGCUUCUUUCACUUCUGGUGGAACAGAGUCUAUCUUGAUGGCAUGUAUGACCUAUCGAAACAUGGCCAAAACCCUUCGAGGCAUUACAGAUCCCAACAUGGUCGUCCCACGAACUAUACACGCGGCAUUCGACAAGGCAGCCGCAUACUUUAACAUUACGAUCAUUCAUGUCGAUGUUGAUCCAACCACUGGCCAAGUCGACUUGCAAAAGAUGGAGGAGGCUAUAAACCCUCAAACCGUGUUUUUGGGAUGCUCAUCGCCCAAUUAUCCACAUGGUAUUGUCGAUAAUGUUCCCAAAGUUGCGGCAUUGGCCAAGAAGCAUAAUUUGCCUUGCCACGUGGACUGCUGUUUAGGUGGUUUCAUUGUACCGUUUGCUGAGAAAGCUGGCUAUCCGCUACCGUACUUUGUAGACUUUAGAAACGAGGGCGUCACAUCCAUCUCUGCCGACCAGCACAAAUAUGGAUUCGCCAUAAAGGGAGCAUCCACUAUCAUGUAUCGCAACAAGGAAAUCCGUAAACACCAAUACUUUGUCGCACCCAUGUGGCCUGGCGGACUGUAUUCGUCGCCUUCCACUGCAGGAUCUCGAUGGGGAGGAUCAGUUGCAUCAUGCUGGUCUGCAAUGGUCACGUUUGGUGAAAGUGGUUACGUAGAAACCACACGCAAGAUUAUUGAAGCCAAUAGGAAGAUUGUGAAGGGAGUCAGAUCCGUUCCGGAAUUAAUUGUUAUUGGAGAGCCGCUGCUCACCGUAAUCGCAUUCACGUCUCGACCAGGCUCCAACAUUAACAUUUUUGGUGUUAGUGAGCUCUUGGGUAGAAAAGGAUGGUCGCUCGGCAAUCUCCAGCACCCUGCUGCAAUCCACUUGUCAACCACAUUACUCCAUGUUCCUGUUGCUGACCAGCUAGUGCUAGAUAUCAAGGAAGCCGUUGAAGUCUUGCGUAAAGACCCACACGCUGGUGAUGGAGCAAAGACCAUGAUUUACGGGUCUCGUGCUGAAGUUGGCGAUGACAAGCUCGGAUCGAAGAUGGAUGGUGCACAUAAGUUCUUGGAUAGUCUUACCCGUCUCUAA